UACAAACAUGUCAAGUCUAAUCAGAACUUAGUCGGAAUUGGAUCGGAUUAAAUCGUCAAAUUUGUCAAAUUUCCACUUUCUUUCCCACCUGCAGACUGCAGUUUCUCUCCUCAUCAGUCACCACCACUUCCAAAUCUCCCUACGGUCACGCAUGAAAGUUGAAUCUGACGCUUUCAAGAUUUAAUUUAAACUCUGAAUUUCUAUCCCCGAAUGUGAAUUCACUAUACUGCUUCUUGUAAUUGCUCAAUUUGGGAUUGCGUACUGCACUUGAUAAUUUCCCAACGUCAACAAUUCAUUCUCCGACGCCUUCAGAAUUAGGGCUUAGAAAAAAAUGAGGGUUUUAAGGAAGCUGAGAUUAGCUCAACAAGCUUUCGUCGCCGUGAAAAACAAUUCUUCCAGUAAUCGAUGCGUGUGUUUUCGCUCCUUAUUCACAUCUUCAUCGGCGUUGUCAUCUGGGUUUCAUGCUUCCGAUUCUUCCUUAACUUCCAAUUUUGUUUCUUCUAAGAAUUCACCUCUCAUAAUUUUUAGCUACAAACCAUGGGCGCCAUUUCUAGUGCAGAAGAGGACGAUGUUUAUUCAAACGCAGCCCACGCCUAAUCCUGCAUCCCUUAUGUUCUAUCCGGGCAAGCCAGUUAUGGAAAUUGGGAGUUCAGACUUUCCAAAUGCUCGUAUUGCCAUGAAAUCACCUCUAGCUAAAUCUCUUUUUGGAAUUGAUGGUGUUAAACGAGUCUUCUUUGGAUCUGAUUUCGUAACUGUAACAAAGUCUGAUGAUGCAUCAUGGGAUAUUUUGAAACCAGAGAUUUUUGCUGCAAUUAUGGAUUUUUACACAUCUGGUCAGCCAUUGUUCCUGGAUGAAGAUGCUGCAGCUGCGAAGGACACUGCCAUUCAUGAUGAUGACUCAGAAACUGUUGCUAUGAUAAAAGAAUUAUUGGAGACUCGCAUACGGCCAGCGGUGCAGGAUGAUGGUGGCGAUAUUGUGUAUAGAGGAUUUGACCCAGAAACUGGAAUUGUGAAACUCAGAAUGCAGGGAGCAUGCAGUGGCUGUCCAAGUUCAUCUGUGACUUUAAAAUCUGGAAUUGAGAACAUGUUAAUGCACUAUGUGCCUGAGGUCAAAUCAGUGGAGCAAGAAUUUGACUCUGAGGAAGCGGAGGCUGCUGCACUAGAGUAGAGCUGAUUUUGCGUGUUUGAUGCAAAGAAAAGCUUAAAUAACGGUGUGGCGAGAGUUUUUAGAUUAUAAUUUUGAGGACUUUUCUUUUACUUGCUCUCUUUCCUUGAGUUUGCCCUUUUAUUCUCCCAGAGUGAGCUUUUCGGUAAAGUAUGGGGUGAACUCUAAAGAAUGGACCAAGUAAAGCAAGCGACUUUUUUGUUCCUUCCCACACCCUCCCAAGUCCCAGCUAUAAAAUGUUAAAGAUUUGUAUAAAUGUGAUCAAGUGUUUUUAGGAGAGAAUCAGAUCUUGUCUAUAUCGUAGCAAGUACCUCUUUCCUGGGCACGACUGGGGUUCAAUUUUGGUUUCCCUCCGAUUCCCUGAGCCUAUUCUGUACUCAAAUAAUAGGUGUUAUUCUCUUCUUACUAUAAAUAAUAACUAUUAUAAUAAGCUGUGUUGAACA